AUGAACUGUAAAAGGAAAAUGCUGCUGUUGAUUCUGGGUCUUUCAUUGUUCCUGUUGUUUGAUCAUUAUUCCAGGAAAAAUCAAGAAGAAGAACUUCAGCUCUCAGACUGGUUCAACCCCAGAAAACGCCCCGAUGUGAUCACCACCACGAGCUGGCUUGCUCCUGUCGUCUGGGAAGGCACUUUCAGCAGAGAGGCCCUGGAAAAACACUACAGAAAGCAGAAUCUCACAACGGGCUUGGCCGUCUUUGCUACUGGCAGGCUUGCAGAUCAGUACCUGGAGCUGUUCUUGCACUCGGCGAAUAAGUACUUCCUGACCGGCUACAGAGUGAUCUUCUACCUCAUGGUGGACACCUUAGUCAGGCUGCCCCAGAUCAGGUGGGGGCCCCUCCGACAGUUCAAAGUGUUCAUCGUCACUGAGGACAGCUGGUGGGCCAACGCCGACCUUGUGCGCAUGAAGAGCUUGGCCAAGCACAUCAUCUGGGACAUCCAGGGCGAGGUCGACUUCCUCUUCAGCAUGACCGUCACCCAGAUCUUCCAGAACAACGUGGGCGUGGAGGUCCUGGGCGAGUCAGUGGCUCAGCUCCACGCCUGGUGGUACUUCAAGAACCGUGCAAGUUUCCCCUACGAGAGGAGGCCCAAGUCGGCAGCUUGCAUCCCGUUUGGCCAGGGAGAUUUCUACUAUGAUGGUGCAUUCGUGGGGGGCACGCCCCUGGAGGUCCUGAACCUCGUGGAGGAGUACCUGAAUGGCAUCAUCCACGACCUCAGACUCAGGUUGAACAGCACCUAUGAGAAACACCUCAACAAAUACUUCUUCCUCCGGAAGCCUGCCAAGCUCUUAUCCCCAGAGUACAACUGGGACGCCGACUUCUACCCGCCGCCCCAGGUGCAGUAUGUGAAGGUGGCCCAGCAGUCCAAAAGGAGACACUGA